AUGGGCUUGCCACAUGUUCUUGCCUUGCCUUUCCCUGCUCAAGGCCAUGUCAUUCCCCUCAUGGAGCUCUGCCACUGCUUGGUGGAUCAUGGCUUCAAGGUCACCUUCGUCAACACAAAUUUCAACCACAAGCACGUCAUCGUCGCGUUGUCGGUAGAGAGCACCGUGCCUCAGCUCACUCUGGUCUCGAUUCCUGAUGGAUUAGGGGAGGAGGAUGAUCAGAACGAUCUGGUGAGGCAAAUGGAAGCACUCCAGAACACCAUGCCUCGGUGCUUGGAGGAACUAAUCGAGAAGAGCAACGAGACGGGGGAUCCGAUGACUUGCAUGUUGGUGGACAAGGGCAUGGGAUGGGCUCUCGAGGUUGGUCGGAAGAAGGGUCUCAGAUCUACUGCGUUUUGGCCGGCGGUUGCCCUGAUGCUGGCCGCGAUCAUGAGCAUUACAGAGUUGAUUUCAAGAGGCGUCCUUGAUACACAUGGUGAUCGAUCAAGAACAUACAAAAACACAUCCUGA